CUCUUCGGUCAUACUAAUUUAACCGGCUCCAUUUUGCUAACAAAUUAUUUAAUUUAUUCUUAAUUUGUUCGCUCAAAAUGAAGCUUGCUCCGACCGUUAAACUGAACAAUGGCUAUGAAAUGCCAAUUUUGGGCCUGGGCACCUACAAUCUAAAGAAAUCUCGUUGUGAGGCUGCAGUUCGCCACGCCCUAGAGUUGGGUUAUCGGCAUAUAGACACCGCCUAUCUAUAUAGAAACGAAGGUAUUAUAGGCAAGGUGUUGGGCCAAUUUAUAGGCGACAGGAUAAUAAAGAGAGAACAGGUGUUUUUGGUCACAAAGCUAUGGGACAUAUACCACGAACCACAGAUGGUGAAAUACGCCUGCGAAAUGCAAUUAAAGCUACUGGGCGUGGACUAUAUAGAUCUAUACCUGAUUCACUCGCCUGUGGGUGUGCCAUAUAUAUCAGAUGAUGAUCUGAUGCCUCAUUUGAAUGGCGAACUAAGGACAAACGAUGUGGACUAUUUGGACACCUAUAAAAGCAUGGAGCAACUGGUGGAUUUGGGACUUGUUCGCAGCCUGGGAUUGUCCAACUUCAAUGCCAAACAACUGGAGAGAUUGUUGGAAAGUUGCCAAAUCAAACCUGUUGCUCUUCAAAUCGAAUGUCAUCCGGAAUUAGUGCAAAUCCCAUUGAUAGAGCUCUGUAAACUGCAUAAUAUCACCGUGGUUGCCUAUUCACCAUUGGGUCGUCCCAAAACCUGCAGACCCUUGCCCGAAUACUACAAUGAUCCCAAAGUUCUGGCCUUGGCGGACAAAUAUGGAAAGACACCUGCUCAGAUCGUACUAAGAUACUUGAUCGACAUUGGCACGGUGCCGAUCCCAAAAGCUGCCCAGCAGGUUCAUCUUAUCGAGAACCUUGAUGUUUUCGAUUUCCACUUGACGCCGGAGGAGCUGCUCCAACUUAGAUCAUUCAAUAUGGGCCGGAGAAUCUGGAAGUUUGAGAAAGCUAAGAAUCAUCAGUACUACCCUUAUUAGGAACAGGAAAAUAGAAUUAAGGGGAAUAGAUUAUCACAAAAUAUUUAAGGUAAAAUGGAAUCUACAGUGAAAAUAUAUACAAAUUAAAGAUACAGUAGUUAUUGAUAGAGUUUUUUGCCUUAAUAAACUACGAAUUCAAAUAUUUAUGUAAAAAUAAUAUUAAUACUUAUAUACUAUUAUAUAU